AUGGAGAGUUUUGAAUUUAUAUUUAUCUUGCAUCUGAUGAUCAAAGUAUUGGGAUUAACUAAUGACUUGUCAAAUGCCUUGCAGCAGAAAGAUCAAAACAUUGUUAAUGCAAUGGGGUUGAUUGUAACUGUGAAAGAACUUAUACAAGAUUUGAGAGAAAAUGGAUGGGGUAAAUUUUUAGAAGAAGUUAAGAGCUUCUGUGUUGCAAUGUCAGUUUCAGUGCCGAAUAUGGAAGAUAGUACUAGUUCGAGGUCGUUCGAGACGUGGAGGGCAAUUGAUUCCAUUUCCACGACUCGCUCCCAAUGUUACACAAUGAUUGAUGAUAUAGAUGUAGACGAAGAGGUUGUUGAUGUUAAUAACGAUGGAAGUGGACCAAGCUAUCAAAUGUUAUUUGAUUGA